UCAUUUCAUAUAGAUGGCUUCAUCCAGGGCUCUCAACAUUAUAGCCAGUUUUUGUUUAUUGAGUUCGUUUGUUCUUCUGGGUACAUCAACAAGGCAGCUGAAUCAGCAACAAGAUUUAGUUUCCUUCGCAUGUAACAACACCAUUUAUGUUGAAGUAUGCAUGUCAUCAUUAAGAUCUUAUCCUCUCAGCAAGACGGCCGAUCUUAGAGGCCUAGCAAGCAUAGCAUUGAAUCUGAGCAUAGCUCAUGGAAAGGAAACAAAAUACCACAUACAUGAUCUCAAGUCGAAAAGUGUAAGCGAGUCGAGGUGUUUGAAUGAAUGCAAGGAAGAAUAUGGUGAUGCUGUUGAGAAUUUGGAAGAUUCAGUGCAUGCGCUGAGGAUUAGGUUUUAUGAUGAGGUGAACACGUUGGUUUCAGCUGCAAUGACUGAUUCUGAUACGUGCGACGACUGCUUUACAGAGAUCGAUCAAGUGAGGGAAAAUCCUUUGACUGAGAGAAAUGAGUAUUUUCACAAGUUGUGUAGUAAUUUUCUGUCCAUUACGAAGCUUCUCUUUUGAUUUGCAUAAUUUUUACUAUAAUUUAGGCCCUUUUUUGGUAAUUUCUCUCGGCAUCAUAUCAACAACUUGAUCUUGAUA